UGUAACGGCUGCCGACCGAUUCUUGGAGCUGUACCGCCGGGAGUGGAAAAUCAUGGUGUCAUCCCGCGCUCUGGGCACGCUGGCAGAAAGGAAAUGGAACGCUCCCUCAAAUCUCCCCGUUCAGGAGGAUGUCCAAAGAGUGUCUGGUGUCUUGGAAGACGAGCUCAAAAAGGCAAGUGCGCAGUUGCAGGAAGCGCCAACCAUUCAGAGCUACGUGAACCUCGCCCGAGCGACGUUGGCCACUGUGAUGCUGUUUAACAGACGGAGACCGGGGGAAACCGCGAGAUUGACCACAGCAACGUUCGCGAAGCGUAGUCGUUCAGUGAACGAAGAAAUAACCGAGCACUUGUCCAAGCUUGAGCAGGAACUUUGCCGGGAGCUGACGCAUGUCACCGUCAGGGGCAAGCGUGGAAUCGGCGUACCCAUGCUCCUGACUGCAAAGAUGGUCGAGACCAUGGAACUGCUUGUCGCCAGCAGAUCUCGUGCAGGUAUAUCAAGUGACAACCCCUAUCUGUUUACAAGUGGUGUGGAAGGAGAUGCUGCCCCGCUGCGUGGGAGCGAUUGUGUGCGGCUGUUCGCGAAGAAGGCUGGUGCGACGAACAUCUCUGCGACAUCGUACCGUAAGCACGCUGCAACUAUGCUGCAACUGUUACAGCUAAGUGACACUGAACUUGAUGUCGUGGCUCGCUUUAUGGGCCACGACAUUCGGGUGCAUCGGUCUUAUUAUAGGCUACCCGAGCGGACAGUAUAUGCGGCUAAAGUGAGCAAAAUCCUCAUCGCAAUGGAAACAGGCAUGGGAGAAUUCGCCGGACAGAAACUGAACGAUCUUGACCCAGUGAACAUGAGCUGCGGGGAUCGGGGAUCUGAUGAAGACGCUGCUCUUGGUGAAGAAGCGGAAGAUGUUGAAGGACAAGAGACAGAGACACAAAGCGGACAGGAGACACAAAGAGGAGACACAAAGCGGACAGGAGACACAAACGGACAGGAGACAGAGAGCACAAAGCGCGUGGGAAAGAAACGGAAGGACAGCGAGAGCACGGAAGCUCCAGCUCGUAUUUACAGGCCGAACCAGAAGAAGCCGGUUAAGAGAACCGGAUGGACACCAGAAGAAAGGGAAGCCGUUGCCUUCUGGAUGAAAGACAACAUACGUGAUUUAAAAUGCCCGACGAUGUCCCAGUGUGUUGAGGUUCUGAAAAAAGAGUCCCGGCUUCACCGACGAUCAUGGAAAGAUUUAAAAUUUUGCACAUACAACAUGAUUCAAACUCACAAGCGACGCCUCCUUCGCAAAUGAUCUGUUACCUUGCUCGACACAUUGCCCGAAAAGACGCCGUGAGCUUCUGGUAGAGCAGCUAUCAGCCCGGUUCUCAGGGUAACCUGUGUGGUGCGGGAUCAUCGUGUAUUAUAUGUGAGCGUACAUUUGCUCACGUUUGUUUGUACGUUUCUAUGUUCGUUCAAUGCUAACGAGCGAAGGUUAUGCUGCGCACGGAGACCCCCAACCAGUGGUGAUUGUAGUUGUGCUGGUACCCGUGCUGUACCGUGUUGUACCUCGCAUUAUCUGUGAGUGUCUGGUUCUGUGACAUUUAUCUGUGACAUUCAGCGUUCAUUAUCUGUGACAUUCCGGUCACCUGCUUCUCGGGUCGAUCCAUGAGUCGUCCGUGAGUAGUCCUCACGGAUCCGGCGAUCCGUGAGUAGUCCUUUUCUUGUGUUGCACCGUGCCUUAUAUGUGAGCGUACGCUUGUUAAAAGUACAUGUGUUGCUCACUCAAGGAACAAACUGUGUAAUACAUGUGUUCUUCUGCA